AUGCCACCUAUUGACUCUUCAUUCUCACUCUCCGCCAUUUCCAUCCCAGACAAAAUAUUUCUCUUUGGUUUCCUCUAUUUUCCUCCAUUUGCCUAAUGAUUCCGGAGUUAGAGAAACCUAGAGUUACUGAAAUACAACUUCGAAUGGACUGCAAUGGCUGUGUACAGAAGAUCAAGAAGGCUUUACAUGGCAUCAAUGGUAUAUAUGAUCUCUAUAUUGAUUUCCCUCAACAAAAAUUAACGAUUAUCGGGUGGGCAGACCCCGAAAGAAUAAUGAAAGCUAUAAAGAAGACAAGGAAGACUGCCACAAUAUGUUCCCAUUCAGAAGUCACAGAUUCUAGCGAUCAGCCACCAGAACAACCACAAGAGGGUGGAGGUGGACCACCCCCUGAAACAGCAAACCCUCCCCCACCAUCACCAGAGGGUGGUGGUCCACCACCAGAGGGAGGCGGUCCACCAGCAGAAGCAGCACAAGCAGCUGAACCUCCGAAAGAUCAAACACCACCACCACCACCUGAGAAUCCACUCCCUCCACCAGAGAAUCUGCCACCUCCACAGAAUCCACCCCUAGUGGUGCAACCUUCACCCAUUGCAGCUGAAACCAAUGCCAGCCAACAAGCAGGUCCCUCUGGGCCAAAAGACAUUGGAGACGUCCAUGUUAUAUACCACCACCCUCCUGAUUACGCCUACAGUUAUGGCUACGCACCCAGCUACAGUAGGCACUGGAACAGAUACAGUAAUGGCCAAGGGUUUCAACAAGUUGCACCCCAAGGUCCACAACCCACCUAUGUCACUCACAGUUACAACACUUACAAGCCAUCACCUUAUGUCACAGAAUAUGAAUAUGUCAAGUCACCACCAAGACAUCAAAACUAUAGCCGGGUGGACCACUACAGUGAAGAUUAUCAUAGUAACAAUGGCUAUCACAACAAUAACAGCAAUGGAAACAUCACAUCAAUGUUUAGUGAUGAAAAUCCGAAUGCAUGUAGGAUAAUGUAGAAGGGUUUCAGAGUUGAUGAUCAAUCUGAACACGUAGCUGAUGUUUGGUUGGUUUUGCUUCACAGGGAGAAACUUGAAAAAGAAUAAUUAAUUAAUGAUGAAAGAGUCCCGUGGAAGUAAUAUUUUGUAAUGAGCAUGAGAAAUUUUUUAGCUAGCUAGGGAAGAAUGAGAUUCUAAGCUUGUAAGUGCUGGGAGAAUCGAUUCUGCCUUCCACUUGUGAGAUGGCUAAGACUUGGGACACCCGGCUGGGUAGUUCUUUAUUGUAGAAGAAUACAUUAAAGAUGUUAUUAUAUUCUACAAAAGCACUGAUCAGCCUUCCAUUUUUGAAAGAUUA